AUGAAGCAAGACGUGAGGAUACUUUUAUUGGGGGAACCCAUGGUGGGGAAGACGUCACUCAUUAUGUCCUUGGUUGGAGAGGAGUUCCCCGAGGAGGUUCCAUCUCGAGCUGAAGAAAUCACCAUCCCUGCUGAUGUGACUCCAGAGAAGGUGCCCACACACAUUGUGGAUUAUUCAGAAAAAGAGCAGAGUGAUGAGACACUCAAAUCAGAGAUUCUCAAGGCCAAUGUGGUGUGUGUAGUCUAUGAUGUCACCAAUGAAGACUCCAUAGAGAAGAUUAAGACGAAAUGGAUACCUUUAGUAAACGGCGAUGCAGAAAAGGGAAACAAAAUUCCAAUCAUCCUCGUGGGGAACAAGUCAGAUCUGCGCUCUGGUAGUUCCAUGGAAACCAUUCUCCCUAUCAUGAACCAGUUCUCUGAAAUUGAGACAUGUGUCGAGUGUUCUGCUAGGAAUCUCAAAAACAUAUCCGAGCUCUUCUACUAUGCUCAGAAGGCAGUCCUCCACCCUACUGCCCCUCUGUAUGACCCCGAGGACAAACAGCUCAAACCUCUUUGCGUCCGAGCGCUCAGUCGAAUCUUCUAUAUCUCCGACCAGGACAACGAUCGCGUUCUCAGUGACACUGAGCUCAACCGUUUUCAGAAAUCUUGCUUUGGAAAUCCGCUAGCUCCGCAAGCCUUAGAAGAUGUGAAGACGGUCGUUUGGAAAAACACCAGUGAUGGAGUGCAGGAUAAUGGUCUCACGCUAAAUGGAUUUUUGUUCCUCAAUACUUUAUUCAUUCAGCGGGGCAGACACGAAACCACAUGGACAAUCCUCAGAAAGUUUGGUUACGACGACAACCUGGAAUUGACCGACGAUUACCUUUACCCCGCCUUACGGGUUCCUGCGGGCUGUACCACUGAACUCAAUGAUUUGGGUCAACAGUUCCUCCAGCGGCUGUUUGACAAGUAUGAUGAAGAUAAAGAUUCUGCAUUAUCACCAGAGGAGCUGAAGAAUCUGUUCUGUGCUUGUCCUUACAUGCCAUGGGGUGCGGAAGUCUACACGACAGUCCCAACCACUGAUGAGGGUUAUAUUUCUAAUCACGGUUACCAUUGUCAGUGGAAACUUUCCGCUUAUCUCGACAUCCAUCGUUGCCUGGAACAUCUGGGAUACCUCGGCUAUCCAAUUCUCACAGAACAGGAGUCGCAGACUGCUGCAGUAACGGUGACAAGAGAGCGAGAAGUGGACCUGGAGAAGCGCCAAACGCAGCGGUCAGUCUUUCUGUGCAAGGUGAUCGGGCAGCGGGGAACAGGCAAAACGACUUUUCUCCAGGCCUUCAUUGGCCAUAACACUGUGAACAACUCGAGCAGCGGCAGUGCCUUUUCCAACUUCACCAUAAACACAGUCCAAAUUAGCAAUCAGGAGAGGUCCCUUAUCCUGCACGAGGUGGAUGUGGAGGCGGACUUCCUGAAAGAGUCGGACUCGCGCUGCGACGUCGCUUGUCUAAUGUAUGAUUCCAGUGACCCACAUUCCUUUGACUACUGUGCUAGCAUCUACAAGCAACACUACAUGGAGAGCAAAAUCCCAUGUGUGCUGGUGGCCUCCAAACAAGACCUCCCUGCAGUCAAGCAAUUCCACGGAGUGACGGCAACAGAGUUUUGCUCCAAACACAGACUGCCUCAACCUCUGCCUUUCUCCUACACGUUUCCCGAAGCUAGCGCCAAGAACAUAUACACCAGACUUGCCUGGGCUGCUGUGUACCCACACCUGAACGGUUCAGACAUGAGCAACACGUCAUUCUGGCUGAGAGUCGCGUUGGGCUCCGCUGUGGUUGCAGUUGCGGGAUUUACUAUUUACAGAGUGGUUGUCAGACUGAAAUGA